UCUGUACAUUUUUUUCCUCACGUUGACGGUUUCUAAUUUCUAACGCGCGCCUACGGUGAGCACGGAAUGUCGUACGCAUCCCCAAGCGCGAGAGACUUGACGUCACUCGCCGCCGGAUUCUCGCCGUCUUCUUCUCCGGCGACUCCGAAGGUGGCGAGUCAGACCCGACCCGUCAAGGUCAUCCCUCUUCAGCACCCCGAUUCUACAUCGGUUCGAGCCCGUUCGCCGACGAUUCCCUUCGAUGAUCUCUUCUCCGGCGUGUCAGCGAAGAUCAAGAACAUGAGGCUCGUCGAUUGGAUGGAUCUGAUCUUCCCGUGUAGCCGUUGGAUUCGAACUUACCGAUGGCGCGAGUAUUUCAAGCUCGAUCUCAUGGCUGGGAUCACCGUCGGUGUAAUGCUCGUUCCGCAGGCAAUGUCGUAUGCCAAACUAGCUGGGCUUCAGCCAAUAUACGGCUUAUAUUCUUCGUUUGUGCCAGUCUUUGUGUAUGCCAUUUUCGGCUCAUCUCGUCAGCUUGCAAUCGGCCCUGUAGCUUUGGUUUCUCUACUUGUCUCGAAUGCUUUGGGCGGAAUCGUUGAUCCUUCCGAGGAGUUAUACACCGAACUUGCAAUUUUAUUAGCUCUUCUUGUUGGAAUCUUGGAAUGCAUAAUGGGUCUCUUAAGGCUUGGAUGGCUUAUUCGUUUCAUCAGCCACUCUGUCAUUUCUGGAUUUACAUCUGCUUCUGCCAUUGUGAUUGGAUUAUCUCAAGUAAAAUAUUUCUUGGGUUAUAACAUUGCCCGGGACAGCAAGAUCGUGCCGAUAGUAGAGAGCAUAAUUGCUGGCGCAGAUAAGUUCCAAUGGCCUCCUUUCCUGAUGGGAUCUGCCAUUCUUGUGAUCCUUCAAGUGAUGAAGCAUGUGGGAAAAGCAAACAAGGAACUUCAAUUCUUACGAGCGGCAGGCCCUCUUACGGGUGUUGUGCUUGGUACAACCAUUGCAAAAAUAUUCCACCCACCUUCCAUAACUCUGGUGGGAGAUAUCCCACAGGGCCUACCGAAGUUUUCCCUCCCGAAGGAUUUUAGUCAUGUGAAAACUUUACUUCCAACGACCGCUCUCCUUACCGGUGUUGCCAUCUUGGAAUCUGUGGGUAUCGCCAAAGCUCUAGCAGCAAAGAACAGAUAUGAGUUGGAUUCAAAUUCAGAGUUGUUUGGUCUCGGUGUUGCAAAUAUAUUUGGUUCGUUGUUUUUCGCUUAUCCGGCUACAGGGUCUUUCUCCAGGUCAGCUGUGAACAAUGAAAGUGAAGCUAAGUCUGGUCUCUCAGGCAUUAUAACUGGAAUCAUCAUCGGGUGUUCCCUUCUAUUCCUGACGCCGGUUUUCAAAUACAUACCACAGUGUGCUUUAGCCGCAAUAGUGAUCUCAGCCGUCAGUGGCUUGGUGGAUUACGAGGAAGCUAUUUUCCUUUGGCGUGUGGACAAGCGAGAUUUUACUCUUUGGACGAUCACUAGCACAGUAACUUUGUUCUUUGGGAUUGAGAUCGGGGUCCUUGUUGGUGUUGGCUUUUCACUCGCAUUUGUCAUCCAUGAAUCUGCAAACCCUCAUAUCGCUGUCUUGGGGCGCCUUCCAGGCACCACGGUGUAUAGAAACACCAAACAAUAUCCCGAGGCAUAUACCUACAACGGGAUUGUGAUCGUCAGAGUCGAUGCCCCCAUCUACUUUGCAAACAUAAGCUAUAUCAAGGACAGGCUAAGGGAGUAUGAAGUGGCUGUAGACCGAUGCAGCACAAAACGAGGACCAGAGGUGGAGAGAAUCUAUUUCGUCGUCCUGGAACUGUCUCCUGUCACACACAUAGACUCGAGCGCUGUGGAGGCGUUGAAGGACUUGUAUCAAGAGUACAAAACAAGGGACAUUCAGCUAGCGAUUUCCAACCCGAACAAGGACGUUCACCUGACGCUGGCGAGGUCGGGAAUGGUGGAGCUUAUCGGCAAAGAAUGGUACUUUGUGAGAGUACACGAUGCCGUACAUGUCUGUCUUCAGCAUGUGCAGAGCUUGAACCAGAAUCCCCGGAACUUUGAAGACGUAAAAUCGACGUUCUCGAGAAGAUUUUGGAGCAAAACGCCCGAGAGUGGCGAUGUCGAAUCAGGAAACGUCAAGGCAUCGGACUCAGCCCCUCAACUGAAGCAGCCAUUGCUGCUUCCUCAGAGCAGCAAGCCGUGUGAGUAAUUUAGUCUGGGUAUAGGAUUUGGGUCUGUAAUAUAGUCACUUCCAAUGCGUUUUUUCUUUGUAAAAUUUAAUUUAAUGGCAGCCAUUGUUAUGAAUAAAAUACACCACGUGGGAAAUUCUCUCUUCAAGACAA